UAAUCACAGAUUCUUCGGUCACGCGUACCGAUGGCGGCACUGUGACGACCCUCAGCUUCGUGAUGCGGUCAUCGCUUUGGGAUGAUACGAGUUGUUCCAGCUCGCUAGCUGUAUGGGCGCUAUUCGAAUAAAGAUAAGGCUUGUUGAUACAUUAUCUACAACAUACAUAAACCCAGAGUCGAUUACUCCUUGUCAAUGUUAGUUUAGGUUUGAAAAAUUGGACUGAUAUUUUAAACAGGAUCAUUUAAGAACUUGAUAAAACUUUAUCAUUAAAAUAAAAUUGCAACGAAGACACUGCUUCGGAUAUAAAUGGAUCUCCUGUAUGAAACUUCAAUCAGAACGAAAUUGUGCGCGUCAACUUCCUACGUCUUUCAUUCCUGUUCGAUUCGCGAUUCAUGUAUAUCUCGCUGUGAGAGAUUUCUGAGAUUUAUAGAUUUUCAUUGUAGUUAAGGGGACGGACAAAAUCAAUCUUUCACGAACGGAAGGGUGCUUGAAGUUCGAGUUGCUAAUGUAGAAUUGUUCAAAUAUUCAAAGGUAUCGGAGGAUGCUUCAUCUUGCCGAUGUUGGCCUUAUUUCAGAUCGAUAAAUCGCCAAAUAGAAAUGAUUCGCUGAGAGAAUGUGCAGGAAUUCCGCGAAUACUCGAUUCAUAGAAAAUUGAAAAAACGAGGAAGAUGAAAGGAAACAUGUCUAAUUUUUGUUAAGCACGCAGUCAGAGUGGGGAUACGGAUUCACAAUUAUAUAAAGUAGGCUAGACAAAAGAGAAGAUGACGCAGCUUUUGAAACUGCGUAGCCGGGGCGCGGAAUGAGUUUAUGUCAUUCUAUGCACUUAAUCUUCGUUUGGUAUUUGUUGACUUACUUGUACGCUAGACAUAAAUAUGGGUCUCUGAGACGUCUCGUUCCAGAGUAAUGUUCACCAAGGUGUAGUUAAGACGUGAAAAUAAUGUCACUGCUUUCGACGGAACUUCUUCUCCAAAUUCUCGGAGUUUUGGUUGGAGUCUGUGGUUUUGUUUACAUUUACCUCAAACAUGUGACCUUUGAAUACUGGAGUACGAGAGGAAUAGCACAGACAACUCCGAUCGUCCCCGUUGGAGACUUAUGGCCGGUAUUUACGGCGAAAAAAUCGAUGGGAGAGCACACUCGGGACGAAUACCUCAAGUUCAGGGGAAAUCCAGUUCUCGGAAUGUACUCGCUAUGGAAACCGACUUUAGCGAUCCGCGAACCGCACCUGAUACAAUUCGUACUCACUCAAAAAUUUUCGCUAUUUCAAGAUCGCGGAUUGUACUGCAACGAGAAAUCCGAACCCUUGUCAGGCCAUUUGUUUAACUUGCCCGGUGCGAAGUGGAGAAAUUUGAGAUUCAAGUUGUCUCCCACGUUCACUUCCGGAAAGAUAAAGUACAUGUUCGUUACGAUCAAAGAAUGCUCUGAAAAACUCGCUGAAUAUUUUGCGAAGGAAGUCGAGCGCAAUGAUCUGAUCGAGAUCAGAGAUUUCAUGGCGAGAUUUUCCACCGACGUUAUCGCGUCGGUCGCCUUCGGUAUCGAGUGCAACAGUAUGGAAAAUCCACAGGAUGAGUUUCGUGUGCAGGGUCGCAAAUUAUUGGAAGCGAAACCCAUAAGAAACGCACUGUGUAUACUAUUUCCAAGUGCCGUGAAAUUAUUGGGUUUAUGGUCAAUCGACAAGGGGGUGAGUCACUUCUUUAUCCGGGCGUUCAGAGACACCGUAGAAUACAGAAGAGCCAAGAAAAUAGUGCGAAAAGAUUUUUUGGAGCUACUGAUACAGCUGAUGGAAAAACGAUUUGAGCAGAGUGACGACGGCGAAGAAUCAACGACCAAGUCAGAAAGUGCUCAUGAGAAGAUUACGAUGCUCGAAGGAGCUGCGCAAGCAUUCGUUUUUUGGUUGGGUGGCUUCGAAACUUCGUCGUCAACUGCUACACAUUGUUUGUACGAGUUGGCAUUCCAUCAGGACAUUCAAGACAAACUGGCUAGCGAGAUAAAAACGGUUAUAGAAGAAUUCGGAGGAGUCACUUACGACAGCAUUGCCGCAAUGCCGUAUUUGCACAUGGUGGUAUCCGAAACUCUCAGAAAGUACCCUUCGAUUCCUUUCCUGAACCGACAGGCGACCGAAGACGUAAAAUUACCCGAAAUUGAUUUGGUCGUCGCGCGGGGAACUGCGAUCGUCAUUCCGGUGUACGGACUCCAUUCGGAUCCCGACAUAUACCCAGAUCCUCACGUUUUCGAUCCGGAACGAUUCACCAAGGAGAAUAUCAAGAGCAGACAUCAUUACGCUUAUCUUCCGUUCGGCGAAGGGCCGAGAAAUUGUAUCGGAAUGAGAUUCGGCCUUCUCCAAACUAAAAUUGGUCUCAUCACCCUGCUUAACAAGUUUCGAUUCCUCCCGGGACCUGAAACCGAUGUUCCACUACCCGUGGACAAAGGUAACUUUGUACUUUGUCCAGCGAAAGGAGUGGUGCUUCGAGUUCAAGAAAGGUGCAAUUGAUAGCGUGCUCGGUAUUUUUCUGAGUGACCGAUUGUUAUUUAUACACGGUGAACAAUAAGUCUUCUCGUGGAGGCUCAUUAUUCAGAAUAUACGACGUAAAACGGUAACCCUCUCGCCGGCUGAUACAAAUACACGUAUCGUAAUAAAUGAGGAAUCGCGGAUGUCGUAUGCCUACAUCAAAUUUUGAGAUAUCAAUAUCGAUAACAUUUCACGGUGGUGUUGUUCAGCGAUGAUCCGAUGCGACAACGAUGCGCCGAUAAAACCCCACCGUGUCAAGAGAGUGCUGCUUCAUUUUCUAAAAAAUCAUGGCUGCGAAUCCAUUCGACAGCCAAUUUCAAUUGCCAUCUGCUCACUAUCUAACAAUUGGCAGAGUUCAAUAUAUUUGCUUCCCUAUUGAAUCAUGAUUUCUCCAAAUGAUUUUUCUGCUGAUUGAUGCUGACAAUGAGUUUGGUUAUUUUCGCUCACAAUCCGUUAAAUAUCGAAUACUUGGAAGCGUUAAUUAUUGUUUUCUGACCCGGUUCUGCUUGAUGUUGUGCUCGUAAUUUUCAUAACCCUGCAGUUUUCUGAUAACAAUAAAUGGAUUUGAUAAAUA